AAAGAUAAACUAAUAUUGACAUUCUUUUUGUAAAUUCGUACUUUCCAAUAAACUUCAGACUAUAAAUACAGUGCUAGUUGCUUUAUUCGUUCAUAGUUGUUCGGAGUUGUUGUGAAGUGUGAAGUGAAAAAUGAAUAUUACAUUGCCGCAGUGUACAUCGCAGAGUAUUGGAUUAGCAAAUCAGCUGAUUACCACGUUAGUUCAAACACUUCUGGUUGCUCAUUGUGCAAUUUCACCACGAGAGCUGUGGCCAGACGAUCACGGAGAAGUGGCUUUAAAAAAUGGACUUAUCGAGUACGAUUUCAUUGUGAUCGGGAGUGGAUCGUCGGGUGCAGUUGUUGCAAGUCGACUGAGUGAAAUUGCGGAUUGGAAUGUUUUGUUAUUAGAAGCUGGUGGUGUUCCUCCUAUUGAAGAAGAGAUUCCAGGUUUUCAAGGUGGCUUAUAUGGAACGGAAUUUGAUUGGAGAUUCAAAGCCGAAUCGGAAACAGCUUGUUUGGCAUACCCCACUGGAUGUUCCCGACCUAGAGGCAAAAUGUUGGGUGGAUCAUCUGCCAUCAAUUCGAUGCAAUACAUUCGUGGUCACAAAGAUAAUUUCAAUCGAUGGAGUGAUUACUACGGAAAUCCCGGUUGGGAUUAUGAAAAUGUGCUGAAAUACUUCAGAAAGUCGGAAAACAAUCAAUACAAGCCGUAUGUGGAGUAUCAAAACGGGAGAUAUCACAGUGAUGCGGGGCCAAUGAAAGUGGAUUUCUAUGGUCCACGAAAGCCUUUUGAAGAUGUCUAUUUAAAUGCACUCAGCGAGAUUGGCAUUGAAACUAUUUUCGAUAUAAAUGGUGACAAAGAUGUGGGAGCUGGAGAUAAUCAAGGAAAUAUAUGGAAUGGACGACGUGAAAGCACAGCCAAAGCGUUUUUGGCACCAGUUAAAGAUCGAAAAAAUCUUCAUAUUAUUUAUUAUGGCGAAGUCGAGAAAAUUCUCAUUGACGAAAACAAUCGGGCGACUGGUGUUCAAUUCACGUACAAAGGAGAUCACCGAUUGGAGGCGACAGCUAAAAAAGAAGUUAUUUUAUCUGCUGGUUCAAUGAUGAGUCCGAAGCUUCUAUGGCUGAGCGGAAUUGGUCCAAAAGAUGAACUACAAAAUUUAGGCAUUCCAAUCAAGAGCGAUUUACCGGUUGGUCAAAACUAUAUUGAUCAUCUGAUUACUCGAUUGUUUGUUUCAUUCACACCUUCCGGAAUUUCUUCGGCCAGUUCCCAAUUUGAUGAGUUAUAUAAACUUCUUAUGCACAAUUCAGGAUUAUUAACAACCAAACAAUUGUCAGCUACCAUGACCGGUUUCAUAAACUCACGCAAUGAAACUGAAAAUCCCGAUUUUCAACUUCAUUUAUAUCAUAAUCCUGUAAAUUCGAAUUUCUCAAGCUCCGGCUAUACGGCAUACAAUCCAGAAAUGCGAGAUUAUUUAACGGAAAAAACAAAAACUUUAGAUAUUGGCUAUAUAGAAGUCAAUCUGGUUCAACCGAAAUCACGAGGCUACAUCAAGCUUAACACUACAUCGUUUGCAGACAAGCCAAUAAUUAGACCGAAAUACCUAACCAACGAUGAAGAUACUACAGCAAUAAUUCGAGCAAUCAAACGAAUUCUUAGCCUUUUGGAUACGAACACGUUCAAAGAAAGAAAUGCUCAGCUUAUGCACAUUCCCUUGAAGCCAUGUGAUGAUCUUGAGUAUUUAUCGGAUGAAUAUUGGCGUUGUUAUAUUCCACAAAUUUCCUAUCCACCCAGUCAUACUGUUGGAACGAGCAAAAUGGGAAAUUCAACAGAUCCAAAUGCUGUUGUCGAUCCACGGCUACGUGUUCGCGGUAUCACAGGAUUGAGACAAAUUGAUGGUGGCAUAAUGCCAGAUACGGUCUCAGGAAAUACUAACGCGGCUUGCAUCAUGAUCGGUGAAAAGGGAGCAGAUUUGAUUAAAGAAGACUACUCUCGAUUGUAAAACCAAUUUACUGUGUUCACAAAUAUAAAACUUUGUUUGAGAUUUUAAA